AUGGAGUCGUCUGAUCACUAUCUGAGGCGGGCUGAGAAACUUCUCGCGGGAACUCCGCUAAUUGACGGACAUAACGAUUUUCCGUAUAUGAUACGCGGUUGGCAUUUGGGCAAAGUCGGCGAUGUUGAUGCUCGCCAAAUGCCGGUCGCCCAUACUGACCUGGACCGGCUGCGAAAGGGCCGCGUUGGAGGCGUCUUCUGGAGCGCCUACGUGCCUUGUCCGAAGGAAAAUUCGACGGAUAACUUCUCGACUGCUGUCCACUAUGAGAGCCUUCGAGAGACUCUUCAGCAGAUCGACAUUAUCCACACCUUAGUCGAACUAUAUCCCGACACUCUUCAGAUUGCACGAUCUUCCGCGGAAGUCUGCGAAGCUCAUGCUUCUGGCCGCAUCGCAAGCUUUAUUGGCGUCGAGGGCUUGCACCAAAUUGCCAAUAGCGCCAGCGUCCUGAGAAACUUCCAUCGGCUAGGCGUGCGAUAUGUUACUUUGACGCACGAUAGCAAUAACCUCUACGCGGAUUCAGCUAACGCUGCUGCUCCCUAUCAUGAUGGACUGUCUGACGAAGGCGUGGAGAUGAUUCAAGAGAUGAAUCGAAUCGGCAUGAUCAUCGACCUGUCACACACGUCAAUCCAAGUCCAGAGACAGGUAUUGGACAUCUCAACGGCGCCGGUCAUCUUUUCCCAUUCCUCUUGUUCUGCCGUAACUCAGCAUCCUCGCAAUAGCCCAGACGAUGUAUUCGAUAUGCUCAAGGCAAAUGACGGAGUCUUCAUGGUUUCGUUUCUUCGUAAGCUCACCGACGCGGCUGAUCCUACUCUAGCAAGAGUAGCGGAUCACAUCCAGCACGUUGGAGAAAGAAUCGGGUAUGAACACGUAGGGAUUGGCUCCGACUUUGAUGGUACCAUGCAAACCCCCGCUGGACUGGAAGACGUGUCAAAGUUCCCUUUCCUCAUUGCGGAGUUGCUGCGACGGGGUGUGUCUGAGGAGUCUGUCAAGGAUAUAGCGGGGAGGAAUGUGCUUCGCGUGUUGGACGAAGUACAACAAGUGUCGGCAAAAUUGGUGGCAGAAGGCACAGCAAUGUUACAUGAUCGGAUUGACCCGAUCUGGGAUGAGAAGAUUAGGGAGGAAGUCAAGAGGGUGCGCGGCGUUGUUGAGUGA